GCGGGUGCCGGAGAUGACGCUCUGUGGGAUCGCGGCCCCGCCAUGGAGGCCUGGGUGCGCUUCAGCGCCCAGAGCCAGGCCCGGGAGCGCCUCCUCAGGGCCGCCCAGUACGCCUGUGCCUUGGCCGGGGCCGCGCUGAGCCGAGCCGGGAGCGGUGACAACUCCGGGAUCCUGAGCCGCCUCCAGCAGCUGGAGGCUCAUCUGAGCCUGGGCCGCAAGCUGCUGCGCUUGGGGGGCUCGGCCGAGGCUCUGGGGGGAGCCCAGCGCUCGCUGCAUCUGCCCGACCCCGUCCUGCGCUUCUGCCUCACCCUGUCCCACCUGAACCGAGCCCUCUACCUGGCCUGCGACAACGUCCUGUGGGCCGGGAAAAGCGGGAUCCUGCCCGGCCUGGCCCUGGAGAAGUGGAGCCAGAGGUCCUUCAGGUAUUACCUGUUCGCGCUGGUGGUGAACCUCAGCCGGGACGCCUACGAGAUCCGGGUGCUGCUGGAACGCGCCGAGGCCGCCAGGAAACGCGGGAAGAGCCCGGAAAACCGCCCCCAGCUCGGCGCCGAGGGCAGGACGCAGCGUCUGCGGCUCCACCUGCGGCUCCAGCUGCUCCUCCUGCUGCGGGUGCUCCGGGAGAACCCCCCGCUGCUGCUGGACCUGCUGAGGAACGCCUGCGACCUGGUGAUCCCGCUGGAAAAGCUGGGGCUGUGGCGGAGCGGCCCGGGAAUCGUGGGCUUCUGCGGCCUCGCCUCCUCCGUGCUCUCCAUCGUCACCAUCCUCCACCCCUGGCUCAAACUGAAGCCGUAGUUAUCCCAGGGGUGGGGGGGAAUUCCUUGGGAUGUUUUGGGAAUUCCCGGGGGCCGCCAGGUUCGGGACUCGGCGUUGGAGCUCACGGGGACGCGGUUCUUCCCGUUUUUCCGGCAGUUCUAGAGGUCCCGCGUUCCCUUUUUUUUCCUGCCCGGGAAGCGCCUUUAACCCGGAACGUUCCGGAAAACUCGGAUCUCCGGGGGCUCCUCCCGGAUUUCGCCGUGGGUGAAGCCACGGGGUCGGGAUGAUUCCCGUGCCCCGAAUGGUUUGGGACGGUUUUGCUUUGUGAGAAAUCUGGGAGAGGGCAGCGGGAAGAAGGGAUAAAUCCAUGGCUUUGUGUGGGAGGGGGAAUGCAGGCAGGAAUUUCCCUUCCUGAACCUUCCCAGGAAAGCCCAGGGGGAGGAAGCGACCGCAGCGAGCCGAGGGAUGGCUCUCAGCGUUCCCACGUGGAUUUCCCUCUCUUGGAAGAGCACGGAGGCAGCUCGGCAUCCUGAGUGCUUCCCAACAGCUCCACCUCGGCUGCAUUCCCCUUCUAUCCCUGUCCAGCAGUUUUUUGGGGAAAAAAAAACCCAAAAAAAACCAAAAAAAAGAUCAGAGCCUGGCUGUGUCUGUGUUGGGAUUCCCGGUGCUGCUGCCUCACCGAAUUCCCUUUUUUCCCCCGGAUUCUGUGAGGCCGGAUUGCACGUGGCCCCAGCCCAGCUCUGAUGUCGUAUCACGAAACCCUGGGAAUUAUUUAAUUCUCCUUGGAUCUGUCCCUGGGAGAGCAGGAAUAUCCUCUUGAAGGGGUUUUUUUUGGGGGGGGAGAACUCCGUAGCAGAGCUCCUGAGCCCGUCUGGCUUUUUUUAUCCCGGGAGAAUCCAGGCGUUGAAAGCUUUGGAGCGUUGGGAUGAGUGCGCAGCGCUCCGGGGGGAUCCCGCAGUGUAAUUAACGGAUCAAUUAAAUUAUUAAAGCGCCGCGGCCUCCUCC